GUGAAUUCCGGGCUCACCCGUGCAAAGCUUGUGCUACGCAAGGACACAGAUGCCUACUAAUAAUAGUAACACUGGAGAUAAUUUGGAGAUUCUGCAAGGUGGGUGUCAAUAAGUGACGGCCAUAUUUUCUGUGCAGCUGUGCUGUAAACAAAAACUGUCGGAGGGAUACACAGACGCAGUGAUUUCAGGGCGAUUUGAUUUCCUAAAAUGUCUUUGGGAAUGUCUUACAAACCUAACGUCUACCAGCAUGUUCCAGGAACUUCCGUGUAUCAAGUGGUGCACUCCCAGACUCAGAGUUUAGCUACACAGUCUUACAAAUCUGUUCUGAAUGAUUUUGGACCUCCGUCGCUGAGUUUUUCACAGCAGGGUUGUAUUGCAACCUCAGUGCCUCAAAGCAAGUAUGCUGAGCUUCUAGCCAUAAUAGAGGAGCUGGGAAAGGAAAUAAGGCCUACAUAUGCUGGGAGUAAAAGUGCCAUGGAGAGACUUAAGAGAGGCAUCAUAAUUGCUAGAAGUCUGGUGCGUGAGUGCUUGGCAGAAACUGAAAGAAAUGCAAGGUCCUAACAGUCAGAACAGAUCCAAUGGAUUCCAAACUGAAUUCACCAGCUUGAAAAUGAACUAUUUUAUAUUGCCUGUUUAAAGACCUCAAACAAAUGAACUGAUUUAAACUGUUAUAAAACAAACAAUUAUAGCAAUAUAGAUAGCUACAGAUCUGUUCAUAAGAGGAUUUUCCUGAAUUUAUGUUCCCAAUUGGGAAUAAACUAUGUUAUUUAAGGUUACUGGAAUGCAAGCUCAGACCUUUGCAUGUUACAUAUAAAUGCCCUUUUUGUUUAUUACAGUUUAUGUCUAAAGUUUUUUUUGUAAAAUACUCGAAUCAAAAACCCUGGUGGCUCUGGUAUAAUUUAUAACAUAUUUUGAACAAUGUACAACAUCUCCCUUGCUGUGGAAAUUGAGUUAUUCCGAUAGACUUUAAUGAACCUUACAGUUAUUUUCUUUUUUGAUCAUAACAUUCUUAACUAUCUAGAGCAGGGGUGCCCAAUACGUCGAUCGCGAUCUACCAGUCCAUCGCAAAGGCAAUGCUGGUAGAUCGCACAAAAUUUAAAUGUACUUUCGUUAAAUUUUAAUAAAAAUUAAUAGCCUAUAAUGUCUUCCUUCUUUUAGUUUCUGUCUGACUUGCACUUGACGAGUAAAUAUUGACCAGGCGAAGAUUUCUGAGAACAGGGCGCGAAAUUGCGAUGCUACCCGGAUUAGGCAAAACUUUGAAUGGAAUCAAGACAGUUUUGCCUAAUCCGGGCAGUAGCAUCGCAAUUUCGCGCGCUGUUCUCAGAAGUCCUUGGAAGGCGCGUAUGCGCAAACCUAGUUGUCAUGGCAACUGAAUAAACAAAACCUCUCCUGGUCAAUAUUUACUCGUCAUAAGCAUAAGGUAAUUGCCCUGGCUAUUGUAAUCUAUUGUGCUGUAGGUGUUUUGGGUUUAGUUUUAAAACUAAAUGAUAUCAACAUUGAACAUUUAUUAUAUAUUUUUUUAUUAAUUAGAAGAUGAAUUCCAUGAGGGAUACAUGCAGUAUUCCCAACAAGCAUUUUCUUAUUUUAAAUGAAACUCUUUUUUUUAAGUUGGUAGAUCUUAGUGAGUUGGUCAUUUAAAAGUAGAUCAGCACCCCUGAUCUAGAGGUUAUUUGAAAGGUGCUUUUUGAUUUUAUUAAAUUUUUUUCAUUUAUUUAUUUUUUAUAGAGGAAAAUGUUGGAAAUAUUUGUUUUCUCCAACAGGUGAUCUCGUGAAGGUAUACUCUGACACCAAUCAAUUUAAGAAAACUAUUCAGGAAAAAAAAAAAAUCAUACAGAGUAAAAUUUUUAGAACUUAAGGUGAUGUUUGCUUCUUUGUUAACCAGGUCAAUUAUUUUCAUGUUUAUAUGCAGUGUUGUAUUAAUGGUAUAAACUCAUACAUUAUAGAUUUAUGGAUACUAAUCAACUGAUUAUCAAAACUAUUAGCAACAUUUUGCUCAAUGAGGUUUAGUUGAUAUAUUGUAAUGCAAAGCCAACUAGCUUAAUGUAAGUUUCUUAAUCAUAAUACAGUCCCCAUUGCCUUAUGAAACAACAUUGCAUUCAUGAUAAUGCAAUACUAUAACAGUAAAGCUUUCUAACUAUUAUCUGCAAUACUUGUUAACUUUGGAUUUUUUCCCCCAAGUUUCUUCUUUGUAAAAAAAAAAAACAAAACUUUGAGGUUAAAAUUUUUACUUCAGCAUUUCUUAUCUCCUUAUUCUGAGUAAAGAAUCUCCAUGGAUAGUAUAUUCAUUUCAAUGUUUUGAUUUACUUUUCUCCUUUUCUCCUGUUUUCUCUGUAUGAAUUCCUUUUUGUUUUUCAUCAGUUCACUUUUCCCUUAUACACAAUGCCCAGUUUCUGGUGUAAAAUCUCUCGUGCUUGUUUUGUGUUCAAGUCCACCGAUCUGGUCUCAUGACACUGCAAGGGAAUAAAAUAUCCUUUUUUAAUUUGAAAUGUUUUCAACAGAUUAAAUAAACAUCCAUCC